CUGAUUGAUCAAAACAACCGCUAGCAGAUCAGCAGAAACACGAAAACCACAGUGCACUUGCAGCGCAGCAAGAUAUAAGCCGCGCUCGGCCUACAAAGACCCCCUGUAAAGGGAAGGAUGAUCUCCCUUCAAGGCCAGGCAACUCGCAAUCCGCAAUCAUAGCUGUUCGUUCCAAAGUCACAAUGUCUUCCGGAUCAUGGCAUGCGGGCCUCGAAAUUGCCGACUCGACGCCGUUGCACGUAGCAGAGGAUCUGCCAGCGCCACCUCGAUAUGACUUUUCCGAGCCCAGAUCUUGCGAACUACAUGUAGGCUCUACCUGCGUCCGGGACACACAGCAAGGUGAUUUCUAUAGGUUCGCGAAAUGGUGCCCUGACGGAUCCGCUGCCUUGGCUAUAACCGAGUCGAGGGUAUGCCGCGUCUUUGCAACACGGAAUCUUUCGUCUUUCGAUACUUCAGGAAUCAGCAUCUCGUGGCCUGCGAUAUGGGAGGCCCCGCAACCGUCGGCUAUAUGGUCGAACGCUUGGUACCCAUAUGCCAGCUUGUCCAAUCCGGCCACUUUCUGUUACGUUUCAGGUAUAGCAGACGCUCCGGUCCGCUUAGUUGACGGCAAAACCGGCAAGACAAGGGCGUCCUAUCCCAUCGUCAACCAUAGCGAACGCUUCAUCGCGCCGUCAUCGCUCUGCUUCAACGGAGACGCAUCCAGGUUGUAUUGCGGGUUCGAUUCGGCGAUCGAGGUGUUCGAGUUUAAUCGUCCAGGAUCGAGCGGUACACGGCUGAAAACAUCUCCCACGAGGAAGAGCCGCGAUGGGCAGAAGGGGAUGAUAUCUGCUCUAACAUUUGCGCCUGACGGGUCAGGUACUUUUGCUGCUGGGUCCUAUUCUGGCAACAUCAGUAUUUACAGCGAGGAUUCGGGCGAAGACCGCCUGGCCGAGAUUGUCAUGGGAGAGCCGAGCUCCGGUAUCACUCAGCUCACGUUUCACCCAACAAACGGUUACGUGCUUUGGGCGGCAUCCCGGAUGUCUGAUCAUAUAGCAGGUUAUGACAUGCGAAACUUGAACGGAGGGCCUUUCAUCCGAUUGCAUCGGCCAGGGCGAACCCAGCAAAGGAUGACCUUUGACGUCGAUUGGGCUGGCAGAUAUCUUACCACCGGGGGUACUGAUGGCGUGAUCCGGGUGUAUGACGUCGACGUCGGCGGUUCCUCUGAGGCCAUAUCGCAAGUCCAGGCUCAUCAAGACGUUAUCGGUUCCAUCUCGAUGCAUCCUUUCGAGCCGAUAUGGCUCACCGCGUUUGGCUCGCGUUUAGGAACCCAGACUGGUCGCUUACAUACUCGUAGCACCAACGAAUCAAGUAGCGAUAGUGACAGUGAACCCGGAUCAACCGCAUCGGACAGCUCCGCGUCGUGUCACAGCGAUGCCGCACUUCGAGCACCGAGCUUGGGACUAAUCCGGCUGUCGAGUUGAUCUCGAGGCGACUGCCGAAUUGGCACCAUCCCUCCGAACACGACAUAGUAGCUCGGUGCCAAGUCCUGGUGACACAAUCGCUGGAUCGCAUAGCCUUAUUAAUAUCGUCGUCCUCAUGUGUCCGCCACCUCACUGUAUGAUGAACAAUAAUGCACCGCGCGCGGAUCGAUUGCCAUGUUGAAGCGCGAAACCCGCGAGCCCGCGCUUAAGGCGA